GGACAGAAUCAACCAGCACAUCUCACCAUGCUGUGACCAGCUCUAAUAUUUCUCUCGUUAAUUAAAAAUAAAACAUGACGAGGAUCGUGCAUAAAUUCCACCUUCCGUUCGCUUUAGUAUUUCUGCUACAUUAUAGUGAUUUGUGGAGGUUUUCGUGCGUUUCUGCUCGAGAAAAUGAUGAAUCCACAGAUGUCAUUAUUUUGGAGGACACCGUGUCUGACUUGGAGAACAGCCCAAAGUUUGUGGACUCGGAGGACUUGGACUCUCGGCCGAAGCGACAGUUCAAGACCGCUGAGAUUGCGGAUGCGGUGAUGGGAACGGAAACCCCCAUCGAUCCGUCUGACAUCGAAUCCCUCUUCCCCAAGAAUGUGAAAGACUAUCUGUCCAGCUUCUCGCCGCUCUGUAAUGAAAACGGCGAGCGGUGCGGCUCGCCUGCUGCGGCCGAUGACGGCGAAUCGCAGGAGGAGAGUGACGCCGAAGCAUCGCAGCAGGUCACUCUGGACAUCGUGCAUGCAGACUCUGCGGGAACAGAAGAGGCGAACGCCACAGAGACCGCCAAGACGUUUAAGGUGAACUGCGACCGGAGGAACAUCACAGGGAUGGACAACUUCACCGUGCAGGUCCUGAACGCCUCACAGGACCUCAUGGAGUUCCUCAACGCCAACAGCACAGAGUGCUCAGUGGUGCUGUUCUUCACUGCCUGGUGCCAGUUCUCCGCCAGCCUGGCUCCUCAUUUCAACGCCCUGCCGCGGGUGUUUCCCAGCAUGCAUUUCCUCGCACUGGACGCCUCACAGCACAGCAGUAGCCUCUCCACCAGGUUCGGCACGGUGGCGGUGCCGAACAUCCUGCUGUUCCAGGGCGCCAAACCCAUGGCUCGCUUCAACCACACCGACAGGACGCUGGAGACGCUCACCUCCUUCAUCUCCAACCAGACAGGAUUUGAAGCUAACGGUGACAGGAGCGUGACGGAGGCAGACCUCCUGGGGCCGCUCCCCAGCGUCCCUGUGAAGGGCGUCGACUGGCUGCUGGUCUUCUCCAUCCUCUUCAUCACCGGCUUCACUCUUUACGCCAUCCUGCGGACAGACAGCAUCCGCUGGCUCAUACCUGGACAGGAGCAUGAGCAUCAGGACUGAAGACACAGCAGCGACAAACCCCUUUCCGAAAGCGUUGGGAUGUAAAUUAUUAAAAAACACAAAAAAAACAAGGAUGUAACAACAUGCAGUACUCAUUAACCCAUGGUUUCUUUCUUUACAACAGAAAUUGGAUAAAUUCUCAGUUGUUGAAAAUAAAACAUCUCAGCUCGUUUUGAAUUUAAUGACAUCAAAAUAGAUAAGUUGGGACGUAGUUGUUUAACUUUGUGUAGAUGAGAUUUUACAUCAGUCUGUAAAAUGAGCAUUGGUUUGUAAGAAAAAUGUUGCUCCUUCCAUCUGUUGUACAGAUGUGCCUCUCCCAUUCAUUUCAGAGUGUGCUUCAUCAAGUAGUUCCAUGUUUUACUUUCACUUUAUGAGUGUUCGUCCAUUUUCUAUCAAGCAUAAAAUAUGGGUCUGUGAAAACUGCAUGCUGUUUAUACUGUAGAGAUGUUUCUGUCUCUUUUGGAAAUCGGGGUGUUUGAAUUAAUUUAAAGAUGUGAUUUUUUUAAAUAAAGAUUGUAACCAUUUA